CUUCUCUCAAACUUGUGUGUGUGCUGAGGAGACUCAGAUGUUGGCCUCAGCUCCUAGGCUGAACUCAGCAGAUCGACCCAUGAAAACUUCUGCAUUGAGACAAAGGAAAGGAUCCGCCAGAAAGAAACACCUUUUAUCUUGGGCUAGGCAGCAAGGAAGAAAAGUAGUGGAAAUACUGCAAUCUGAAAAGCAGACUGAAAGGUGACAAAGAAGCUGAAGAUGGGUGGUGGAGAGAGGUAUAACAUUCCAGCCCCUCAAUCCAGAAAUGUUACUAAGAACCAACAGCGGCUUAAUAGACAGAAAACCACGGAUCAGAAUUCCCAGAUGAAAAUUGUUCAUAAGAAAAAGGAAAGAGGACAUGCUUAUAACUCCUCAGCAGCUGCAUGGCAAGCCAUGCAGAAUGGGGGGAAGAACAAGAAUUUUCCAAAUAAUCCAGAUUGGAACUCUAGUUUAUCAAGUCCCAGCUUGCUUUUUAAGUCUCCAGCUAGUCAGAACUAUGCUGGAGCCAAAUUUAGUGAGCCAUCAUCACCAAGUGUGCUUCCCAAACCACCGAGCCACUGGGUUUCUGUUUCCUUUCACCCUUCAGAUGAGGAAAUAAUGACAUUUCAACUUAAAAUCUUACUUAAAGUACAGGUGUAAAGAUGUUCAAAUAUA